AUGUCAUCAAUAAACAAAGAACAAAUGGAUGAAAUUUUAAAUAAAUUAAAAAUUGGUUCAAUAUUAACAAAACGAAAACGUACUGGUGACAAAGCUUCGUAUCAUUAUUUUCUUCAUAAAAAUGAACAUUUUGUAUCAUCUACUCGUGUUGAGAAUGCUUUUACUAAAGCACCACGUUAUUAUAUUCAUCAAAUUGAUGAAAUACGAAUGGGUUUAAAUACACGAACAUUUCAUCGACUUCUUCGACAUCAAUAUAUCAAACCAGAAGAUGAUCAAUAUGCUUUCUCUAUAUUCUAUAAUAAUUAUCGACGGGAAGUUCAUUUAAUUGCAGAGGAUACAGAGACCAGAGAUAGAUGGAUACAAGGUUUACAAUAUUUAAUGCAAGCACAUGGACAAAAACGACAACGACAUGUCAUUGAUGAAGCAAGUUGGAUUAUGAAUUAUUUUUAUCUGGCUGAUAAAGAUGGAUCUGAUACAUUGACAAAAAAAGAAUGUCGUCAAUUACUUGUCAAUUCGUUUAAUGCUAAAGUAUCUGACAAAGAAUUUGAAACACUUUUUAAAGAAGCGGAUAAAAGUGGUGAAGGUUUAUUAACAUCUGAUGAAUUUAUAGAAUUCUUUCGAUUAUUUACUCGACGAAAAGAUCUAUAUAGAAUCAUGAAAAAAUAUGUGAAAAAUGCUGAGAAUCAAUCGAUGGAUACAAUAACUAUGAGUGUUGAUGAAUUAUUAAAUUUUCUUCGAAAUGUUCAAAAUCAAACAGUAAUAGAACGUCCAGAAAAACAGUCGAGAUUUGAUUUUUCACUUCAAUUAAUUUCAACGUUGGAACAAGCACAAGAUUUAAUUAAUGAAUUUGAAUCAAAUAUUGAAUUAAAACAAAAAGGUCAACUUAGUCUUCUUGGUUUUAGAAAUUUAUUAUUAGCUGAUGAUUUCGCUCUAAUGAAACCAUGGUGUUCUCGUUAUAUAUAUCAAGAUAUGACAAGACCAUUGAAUAAUUAUUAUAUCAAGACAUCACAUAAUACUUAUUUAUUCAAUAAUCAAUUAAUGGGUGAUAGUAAUCCUGAAGCAUACAAUCGAGCAUUUCAAACUGGAUGUCGAGCAGUUGAAAUUGAUUGUUAUGACGGUGAUAAUGGUCGACCAAUUGUUAAACAUGGUUUUACAUUAGUUAAACCAUGUUUAUUUGAAUCAAUUAUUCGUUUUAUUGAACCAAAUCUUUUUAAAACAUCACCAUAUCCAGUUAUACUGGAUCUUGAAAAUCAUUGUUCCGUUGAACAACAACAUGAAAUGGCUCGAAUUCUACAAGAUAUUCUUGGAGAUCGAUUAGUUAGUGAAUCUUUAUUAACAAAAGAAUCAACAAAUCUUCCAUCACCAGAAGAUCUUAAAUAUAAAGUUCUUGUUCGAGGUGUUAAAAUCCCAUCACCAAUAGAUAUGCCUCAAACAAUAGAAACCAAAGACAUCAAUGGAAUGGCAAACCUUACUGUCGUCGAAAAUGCAUUAGCUAAUCUAAUUGUUUAUUUUCAAAAUGUCCCAUAUCGUGAUUAUGAAUAUGCAAAAGAUAAUCAUUUAUGUUAUCAUUCACCAAAUGUUGCUGAAAAGAAUUUCGAUAAAGCAACAAAAUCUGAUCCUAUGGGUGUUAUUAGACAAACAUUAAAAACUUCACUUCGUAUGUAUCCCGAUGGUCUCAGACAGGAUUCAAGUAAUCCAGAUCCAAUUUAUCCUUGGAAUUUUGGUGUACAAAUGGUUGCAUUAAAUUAUCAAAAUGAUGAUUCCGUUAUGUCAUUAGCUUAUGGAAAAUUUAUGGAUAAUGGAAGAUGUGGUUAUGUACUUAAACCACCCUAUUUAAUUGAUGUAGAUAAAACAUUAUUUAAUCCUUUAAAUUAUAUUGUAAAACCAAAAACACAUUCCGAUCAUAUUAUUGAAUCACCUCAAUGUGUAAUAAUAACAAUUAUUAGUGCACAAUUUUUAUCUCGAGCAAAUGAAACAACAAGUGAUAUUCCUGAUCCAUAUGUUAUGAUAUCAACACAUGGAAUAGCAUGUGAUCAACAAACUCAAAAAACCAAAACUAUAGAAAAUAAUGGAUUUGAUCCUGAAUGGAAUGAAACAUUUCAAUUUGAUAUUCAUUUUCCGCAAAUGUGUCUUGUACGUUUUGAUGUUUACGAUCAUGAUACAUUUUCAAGAGAUGAUAGACUUGCUUAUUUUUGUUUACCAUUGACAACAAUGCAAUCAGGUUAUCGUCAUAUUCAUUUGAGAGCUAAAAAUAAUAAUUUAACUUAUUCAACAUUAUUUAUACAUGUACAAUUUAAAGCUAUUUAA